GCUCCUGCCUUGCUGCGACCCCUCACGGGAACGGGGGGCGGCGGUUCCCGCCCGCCGCCAGCGCAGCCCCCUGCCCGCCCGAGCUCCGCCCGCUCGCCGCCCCACCUCCCGCCCGGGUGCCGCCGGAGCCGAGGAGCCGGGCAGCCCGGCGGGUGACCGCCGCACCAUGAGCGCCGAGUGCAGCAGCUACCUCAACGCCGACAAGGUGCUGGUGAGCGGGUUCAGCUGUCCGCGGACGGGCGGCGACGCCAGCGCCGUGUACUGCUGCGGCUUCCAGGACGUCAAGUACUGCUGCGAUGACCCGCACAGCUUCUUCCCCUACGAGCACAGCUACAUGUGGUGGCUCAGUGUUGGAGCACUCGUGGGCCUGUCGAUAGCAGCAGUGGUCCUCUUUGCUUUUAUCAUCACUGUGUGUGUUCUCUGUUAUUUGUUUAUCAGCACGAAGCCACGCAGCAAACUGGAUACUGGUUUAAGCUUACAGAUGGCAGACAGUGAGACCAGAGGGAGUUCAAUAUGUUAAAAAAAACCAGAGGCACUGGAUGGAUUCUACCAAUGGUGUCAUGAAAAUAGUCCUUAGACAUUGCCCUGAUGCUGACCUUGCACAGGAGUAUCUGCAGAGACUUGAACACAGUCCCCCCACAGAGAAAUCUCUUCUUACUGAUUUACUUGUACAUGAAUAUUCAAUCAUGGCUGUGUGCACCAGAGAUUACAUUCCCCUUAUUCUGCCUUUGGCCUUUUCCUGAUGCUGUCCUGGAUGUACCACAGCAUAUUAAGGAGGCAGCCCUUCUAACUUAUCAUUUAAAACAAAUUGUUUAAUGAUGAACUUCUAGAAAGACUCCUGUGUGACCAAGGGUAAAAGCAGAGAACUGUCUGGUGGGUCGUUUAGGUUAGCAUCCCCUGCUUCCUGGGGAUGCUACCUACAAGUGCUGAGUCAAGUCUCAUAAGGGACUGAAAAGUAUUGUCUUGCAAAAAGUGAAGUUUCAUAUACUGAUUGGAUUUUUGUGCUGAAAUCAUGUUUGAAGAUCAAACUGCCUAUGGCACAGACCAUGCAAAAUAGUAUUUAAAAUGUAUGCCAGUACAGGUGAAUUCUACUUCAGACUUAAGAGGAAUUUAUGAAUAAUGCAGAAUACUUCAGAUGGCAUAAAACGUGCAUCUUACUUUCUGUGGGAGGUGAAAGCUCAUGGCUAAACAGCCACAGAACGUGAGAAUAGCUGUACAUCAGCAAUGUCUGUCACAGGGGAAGCAAAAAGAAGUGGGCUUGUUUGCUCAGCAGCUGUUAGAUGAACAGGAAAAUAAAUGUGCCAGAGUUCCUUGCUUUGUGUCUUUUCUCUUGUACCCUUAAAAAGAAAGCCACCCUGUGCAUUGUAAGUGCAAAUGCAUCUUUCUCAAGCACUCUUUUAUUAUCAGCAUAGUAGGUUGGUUUGGGCUGCUUGUCCUCAUGCAAAUACUUCAGUGUAACAAAAACUCAUUUUCAAACAUCUAACCCACCUCCACACCUAUUUUUUCUUACUGCUGUUGCAAAUGAAAUGGCUUGUGGAAGAAAAAUGCCACGGGAAGACUAAAAAGGAUCCUGCAGUCAGAAAGCAGUCUGUGGUGAGAAAAUCCCAAAAUAUCUGAGGCAGGCGCUAAGUGCUGAGCUGAGACCUCAGUUCAGGUCUGUGAAUGUGACAUUGCUUUCUCAAGGCCGUGAGCCUUUCAUUUCCUCAUGCUUCAACUUGCCUGUCUUCCAUCAUGUCAUAGAGACUAAUGUUUAUGAAGUGCCCUGAAGUGUAGCCUGCACUAUUGCUUGCAGGGAGCGAACUGCAAGGCCAGUUGCAGAGGAUUUUAUUGUAGGGGUUUGAAUGCACAUUACCUAUAAGGACCAAAACAAUGAGAAGCUUGUUUUUGUGGAUGAAUUAUCCAAUAUUUUUUUUGUUGGCAAAAUGAAGCUGGUAUUGUCAUGAAGACUCAAAGUACUUGAGACUUUUCGGGCUACAUUCAGGAAAACUAUGCCCUUAGCCUGUGAGCCUUUUUGCUUCCAGACCAAGAAUGGAACAGCUGGGAACUUUCUGUGAAAAUGAAAUGGGAGGCAAAGAUUUCUUCUGAACUUCAACAGAUUAUCCCAUAAAGUGUUGGUAGAAAUUCCAGAUCUCUACCUGUUUUCUAUCCUUUGCUUUUCAUGUAGUCUGCUUGUUGAAGAUUUCAUGCCCUCACCUGUUACGGAGAGCCACAGUGCAGUGAUAAGCCAGAAAGUCCACCAGUGGCUGCAAGCCUUCCACUGCUGUGAGAAAGCUCCAUGUGGCAAUUAGAUCUGAUUUAGCAUGUGCACUUCCUCUGCCAAAUUCACAGGGUUUUAAUGAGGAAGAGGACCCCCUACACCCUUGCAGCUGAUGUAGCUCAGCACACAAUUCAAGUCUGUUUGCAUGAUCUUUCUUUCCAGCAAAAUGGCAAAUGCAACUCUUAGCUUUGAAAAGGGAAAACAGAGGAAGGAGGCAGCUGGAAGCAUCGCUUCUAACUUGGAGUGGUAAUAUAUCAAAUUAUUAAGCAAUCGAGUUAUGCAUAAAGAAAAACCUAACACAGAUCUCAUGAAGGCAAAUCAUGACAAACCAGUCUAAUUUCUCUCUUUGUCAAGAUAAUUUUGCCUGUCAGAGGAGUGGGAACAAGUGGUUCAUAAAGACUACAGGUCUUUAUGAACAGGCAGGCAAAGACAAGUUUUCUGUGGCUCAUUCUCAAACACAUUUUCAGAGGGAAGGAUGUCUUGGUACUCCAUCCCAGUUGAGUACUAAGAGCUUGGCUGAAGGACUAAAGAGCAUAUGUAUAAAAUUUAUGAUGGCACCACCCUGAGAGGGGUUGCAAGCCUUUGAGGGUAAAACUGCCUUUCAGAGUUGUCUCAGUGCCCUGGAGAAAUGGUUUGAAAUCAAAAAGGUGAAGUACAAUAAAGAUAAAAGCAAAGUGCUGUGUUUAAAAAGGAGAAAUCAAAUCCUCAAAUAUACCUAAAGGAGAUUAACUAAGGAGGGGGGGG